GCAAUAUCCGUUCUGAAUUGGGAUACUCCACCGGUCAAUUAGCUAGACCUCGAGCAUCAGCUCUGUAUUCUGAAUCGUUCUGUCUACAAAUACUGCUCCAUUCCCACGUAGAUGCUGCCAUUCCCAUCUCUCGUUUUAUCAACCUCAACAUCAUCAUUCAUCCAUUCAUUCAUUUCAUUCAUUCAUCAAGCUCAAGAACAAUCAUCCCUUCUUUCCAACAUGGUUCAAAUCAAAGCAGCUGCUCUGGCUGUUCUUUUCGCCAGCAAUGUGCUCUCCAAUCCCAUCGAGCCCCGCCAGGCCUCGGUGAGCAUCGAUGCCAAAUUCAAGGCGCACGGCAAGAAGUACCUGGGCACCAUCGGCGACCAGUACACUCUCAACAAGAACGCAAAGACCCCGGCGAUCAUCAAGGCCGACUUUGGCCAGCUGACUCCGGAGAACAGCAUGAAGUGGGAUGCUACUGAGCCCAACCAGGGACAGUUCUCCUUCUCGGGGUCGGAUUACCUGGUCAACUUCGCCCAGUCUAACGGAAAGCUGAUCCGUGGCCACACUCUCGUCUGGCACUCACAGCUCCCGUCCUGGGUGCAGUCCAUCUACGAUAAGAACACCCUGAUUCAAGUCAUGCAGAACCACAUCACCACCGUGAUGCAGCGCUACAAGGGCAAGGUGUACGCCUGGGACGUUGUCAAUGAGAUCUUCAACGAGGAUGGCUCCCUUCGCCAGAGCCACUUCUACAACGUCAUCGGCGAGGACUAUGUGCGCAUCGCUUUCGAGACCGCUCGCGCGGUGGAUCCCAACGCCAAGCUUUACAUAAACGACUACAACCUGGAUUCCGCCUCGUACCCGAAAUUGACCGGCCUGGUCAACCACGUCAAGAAGUGGGUCGCAGCUGGCGUCCCCAUCGACGGAAUUGGUUCCCAGACCCACUUGAGCGCGGGUGCCGGCGCUGCCGUCUCUGGAGCUCUCAAUGCUCUCGCCGGUGCAGGCACCAAGGAGGUCGCUAUUACCGAGCUCGACAUCGCUGGCGCUAGCUCCACCGACUACGUGAACGUCGUCAAGGCGUGUCUGAACCAGCCCAAGUGCGUCGGUAUCACCGUCUGGGGAGUUGCUGACCCCGACUCGUGGCGCUCCAGCUCCAGCCCUCUGCUCUUCGACAGCAACUACAACCCCAAGGCUGCUUAUACCGCUAUUGCGAACGCUCUCUAGUGGUCGUCUCUGUCAUUGGUAAAGCUUGCAGGUCAAUCUAGGUGAAUUCAGUGACUGGAAUGUCGUCGUGAUCGUAGGAUGAAUGGUUGGGGCUUGCGGGUUGCUUUUAUCUAUUUCACCUGAAGUCAUUAUCAUGUUGCUGAAUCUUUCUCUUCUCUUAUUGAUCAAUGCUGCGCAUUGUUUUCUUCAUACAAGAUUAUUUUACCUGCAAUCCUGAGGGCGGACCAGUAGAAUCGCGUUGCCUGCCACAAUCUUACUCUAAGCUACGCUACCACCCCCUGCUUUCCACCCCCUUAAUCGAAGCAACGGCAAUCACUCACACUCUAAGUGCUCAUUGUGAUAUGCUCACAAGCGCUCUACAUUGUCACUUCGCCUCACCCCUGGAAAAUGCACCUUUCGAAAGCUGUAAAUUACCUACGAUACUCUACAUUCCUGCGUCUGCU